AGCAGGAAGAAAGAGCGAAAAAGAGAGAGAGCGAGAGAGAGUGGAGGGGGUGAGAAUCUCAGAACAGCUCCGUUAUGGCAGAUGCGGAAUGAUCCGAGCCGCAGCCGCACGCGCCGACCCUCAGCUGCGGGUUUCUUUCUUUUUCUUGUGGAUCUAGGAUUCUGUUCUUUGUUGUGAAGGAUGCACGGGAGAUGGGGACCGCGCAGGGACGCCUCCGCCGAGCAUGGGCGAGCAGGGCGUCUGUUCCGAUGAUGCGCGCCGCUGCCGAUUUGUUUUGAACAACACGGGCCACCCAUCGAAUCCCCGCAUCGCCUCGGUCCACCUCGAUCCUCGCAUCCAUCGCUCCUGCGAGGGAACGUGGCGCACUGCAGAGGAAAAAGCCGGGGAGGGGAAUCGUGUCGUGGAUGUGGAAUCGCUGGUUGAAUAUAUUACCUAAUCAGCCGGCGUUCAAAAGAAAUCUGCAUCGGUCCCCAGUGUAUGGUGGGUGUACGUCCCUGCAGAGUCAGUGAGAGGAACUUGGUCCGGUGGUGGGAGCCACUCUCCGGGGGCACAGAUGAGAGGCAAACAGUACCACCAGCCACUGAAGUUGACAGCACCUUGGGAGAAGGAUGCUGGCUUUGGGAGGAAGCUCAAAACCUACAGGAAUCAUACCAAGAUCAUAGCCCAGCCCGGGAUCGUGAUGAAAGUCCUCCGCAGGAAGAGGAUCGUGUUGUUCAUGGCCUACAUCCUACUGCUCGUGCUCACCAUGCUGAACCUGGCUAAUUACAAAUGGACUAAGGAGCCACAGCAGUGUAAUCACCAGAUGAGGAGCACCACUUACCAGAGCAGAUCGGACAUUCGCUUCCUCUACAGGCCCUCGCUGGCCAAGAAGAGGCAGCUCAUCUACGUCCUGACCACCUGGAGGUCGGGCUCCUCGUUUUUCGGGGAGCUCUUCAACCAGAACCCUGACGUGUUCUUCCUGUACGAGCCCAUGUGGCACAUCUGGCAGAAGCUGUACCCGGGCGACGCUGUGUCUUUACAAGGGGCCGCCCGGGACAUGCUCAGCUCCCUGUACCGCUGCGACCUCUCUGUUUUCCAACUUUACAACAGCCCCGGGGGCAAGAAUUUCACCUCCCUGGGACUGUUCGGGGCCACCCUCAAUAAAGUAGUGUGUUCCUACCCCCUGUGCUCGGCCUACAGGAAGGACGUGGUGGGGAUGGUGGAUGACAAGUUGUGUAAAAAGUGCCCCCCUCAAAGCCUUAGACUGUUGGAGGACGAGUGCCUGAAGUAUAACACUAUAGUCAUUAAAGGGGUACGCAUUUUGGAUGUUAACGUGUUGGCCCCCCUCAUGGAGGACCCAUCCUUGGAUUUGAAGGUAAUACACCUGGUGAGAGACCCGCGGGCCGUGGCCAACUCCAGGAUCAAAUCCAGACACGGCCUGAUAAGGGAGAACUUGCAGGUGGUCCGCAGCAGGGAUCCCAAACUCCGCCGGAUACCUUUCGUGGACCCGGGCCACAAAGCCAACAAGAAGGACGGCUCGGACUACCACUCCAUCGGGGCCAUGGAGGUGAUCUGCGACCGCACCUCCAGGACUUUGAGGACUGCCUUACACCCGCCCCCCUGGCUGAAGGGGAAGUACAUGGCCGUGCGCUACGAGGACCUGGUGGAGAACCCGGUCAAGACCUUGCGGAACAUCUACCGCUUCGCCAACCUGACCAGCAACCACGAGAUCGAGUCGUUCGCGCUGAACAUGACCAGCGGCUCCAGCUCCUCCUCCAAGCCGUUCAUCGUCUCGUCCAGGAACGCCACGCAGGCCGCCAGUGCGUGGAGAACAGUGCUCAGCAUUCAACAGAUCAAACAAGUUGAGGACUACUGUCACCACUCGAUGUCCGUUCUCGGGUAUGAACGAGUCCGAACGGCCGGGGAGGCUAAGGACAUGAGCAGACCACUACUGACACACUCCAAACUGUGAAACAACCUCCGCACCACCAAAGACCUUUUAAUUUAAUGUUUGUUUUGCAUCGAGUGCCGUUUCCUCUUCUCGUGGAAUUAAAGCUUUACGUUGAAUCAGUGUCCGAGGAGCUACACUGGCCUCAUAUGGAAUGUAUCACGUUUCUCUCGGUUGAAUCGCAGUGGUGUUUGAAGGGACCACGUCUUUUAUACUGGAAUACUGGUGUCUGCUGUUGACAAUGCGAGGCCCGUUAACCAUGACUUGAAAUGUGAAGCUGCAACCCGAAAAGAUAAACUCAAAAAAAAACAACAACGGUAUCUUGUUCAUGUAUCUUGUCAUGAUGAAGUCGAUUGUUUCGGGGGGUUUAUUUUUCGAAUGUUUCCAACUAGUUCUUUUCUGGUCUCCAUACUGUAAAAGUGAAAAUAGUGGAUUGGUCAACAAAGAGAACAACCUAUAAAUCUGAAAGGAAAAAAAAAAUCUCAUCGCUAAUGUUCAUUUGUAAGAACCUGGGUGAAGUCAGAGACAAUCAAUGAAUUGGUUUGUUGAUGUGCCAUAGUCAGAGGUGUGAUGAGAAGACGACAUCAGAGCAGCCUCAGUGCUAUUUCUAGAUUUUAAAAAGAAGAGAGAGGAUUGUUUCCAUGCACUGUGGACAAUGCUGUGUCUCUCCCUCUCAGUGUGUGUGUGUGUAAGCAGUCUGUUCUACCAUUUCCAAUGUUUACAAUUGCUUGCUCUUAUAAAAAAAAAAACACAUGAUCUGGGAAUUUUUUGCAUCGAGUAAAGUUCACACUUGACAAGAAAUGCAUCUGUGUGGGAAAAAAAUUGUACGUUUAAAAAAAAAAGGAAAGAUCAUCAACCUUUACUUAACUUAAGUGCAGUGGAGUAUGCAGCACUGGGCCUUACGUCCCCAUUGAGAUCCGUGAUGCUGGAAGUAUUUCAUAAAUUAGCUGUUUACUAUACAGCUUAAAGAUGCCCUGUGGCGUUUUCCCUGCAAACCAAGUUUCUGUUUACGUUCAGUCUUACUCACCAGAACACACUGUGUGGUUCCCUGAGGUCUAACAAAUGUGUUCAUUAAAUUUUCCUCCAUCAUAAAACAACCUGAAGGCUAAUCUUUCUUAAAUGUUAAAAACCUGAAUUCUUUACAUCCACGAUCACGACCAAUCAGGCAGCUUCAUCUCUUCGUCUUAAAUAAUGUGAAUUUUAGGCUUUCACCUCAAACCUGCAGGAACCCAGUUGUCACAGCCUGUAGAUCAGUAGAAUACUGGGAAACCUUUUAUAUAUAUAGAUAUAGGUCAGAGAACCCUUUAAGUACAUGUGACAAAAUAAUCAGGAACACUGUGGUCACAGUUUUGAUAGAAGUGAGUGUUGAGCUUUUUCUGACCUCGUGACUUGAAAGUUAAUAGAGAAGAGGAAUAACUUGAAAAAAAGGAAAUAGGCUGAUAUGAAAUGACCUGAAUACAAAGCAUAAAGGUCGGAGAGGUUUUAUGUAAACCAUCACAUCAAUUCAGAUUGUUUGCUGUGAUCUGCUGAGUUUUGCAGAUUUGAUCUCGCCUCAGAAAAACAAAGGGAGAGAGCGAGCGUCCCCCGCCUAUAGGCUGAAACCUCCUGCACAUGAUUCUCUCGUUCUGAUGAUAGAAAUAUAGCAGAAAAAAACAGGAAGUGAGCUGAUAACCUACACAAUCUACUUAUCAUAAAAAAGCAUAAAGAAAGGGAAGACCACAUUAAUCUGCCCAGGCCUAAUUCUUGUGUAAUCCUGCUCACAAAUAUAUAAAUGAUCAGAUAACAGGUGAGCCUUCAUGAUGGAGGCAAUAACAUUUGGUUUUUGAUGAUGUAACGUUCAAAAGGUCAAUGGGCAGCAAGUAUUUCCUCAAUUUGAGAUCACACAUAGAAGUUGUAAAACCAUAAAUCUAAGGGAAAUUACUCCGAACUGACAGAAGAGGAAGUGCUCAUUCAGUCAGUCACUUUUGUCAGGACCAAACUAUAUUCAAAAUAAAUAAACCCGAGCAAAUGGGACUACAUAUUUUUCUGCAGCAUUGAGAGCUGAGACAAGCAUUCCACAGAUGCGUCCAUGCAUUCACAGCAUAACACUGAAAAGCCCUCUUAUUCAGAGACAAUAGCUUGAUGAGUACGAAGGGAAAAAACACUCUGCGAACUCACAAAGCUGAACCUCCGCAGAUUGGAUUGGUGCACAGCAUCCCGCUUUGUUCAGGGGGAAUCGGGGGGGCCCUGAGAUUUAUAAUGAUGCACUCAGAAAAGCAGCAAAGUGCAAUCUAUAAUAAAGAAGUCGCAUGAAAACCCUCACAUUGCUAAUAGUCUCUUCUCCAAACGCUGCUAACACACUUAAAGCAUUUGGAAGAACUGGUGAGCGGAGUAAUAAAUUCAGUGGAAUACAUUUGAAUCGGUUAAACGGAUUUUACUUUUUUUGUGCAGAAAACACUGUUAUAAAAGUUUCAUAAGAAGUUGGGGAGGAAGAGGAGUGGAGCAGAGUUGGCACAAAAACACACUUUCAGCUGAUUAAGAGGAAACACAGCAGCAACAAGCGGUAGUUGAGGCUCAUGAGCAUUUUCCCCUGAAGCCUAAAACCGGGAUGUGACGUAACCGAGCUGCUCGUAAUGAAUGUGUGACUUAACAUGUUGCAUAUUCAUCACAAGGAUUGCGUUAUAACUUUGUGUGACACUUGAAACGUACACCGCGCACACAACACGUCAAAGGCCUGCGCAGUCUCAGAGAUUAUACAGCCGUGGCAUUUCUGUUUCAGCUCUUGAAUUCCUCAAAACAAGCCAAGAGAGUCACGAGCAGAGUCACAGAGAGAGCAAUAGGUUUUGUAAAUGUCUUAACUCCCUGUGUUCUUGUUCGUUCAUGUCAGUACAAGAGGGAGCCUGCCCCGGUGACCCUGCUCGCUGUGGGAUGGAGGGUCUCAGCCUCGGGGCAGCGAUCGAUAAGCUCAGGUCAGAGGUCAGGCUGCAGGCCCAGGUCCUCCUCGUGCUCGGAUUGGAGUGGGAGUCAUCAGGUUCAGUCUCAUACAGCUGCU